AUGGAGUCGAGCGCAGAGCAUGCAGAGCAUGCAGAUUCGCCCACCAUGGAAGCAGUGCUGUCAUCGGUGGGUCCAAGUUCUACUCUUGGUGGCAAACCAAGAUCUUCGAAGCCUGUGCGCAUCACUGGUAGUUUCGUCCGCUCCACCACAGAAACCAUGAACCAUCGGCAUUUGAGGAGGCUACAAGCCUUUCUCAACAGUUAUUACUUGGCCAACUUUAUGGCUGCCAUCGUUCUAAUUGAUGCAUACUGCACGUGUGUAGACAUUGAUGCAACUGCUGCCGGUACGGAUCCACCGCAGUUCUUCGCGGUCAUCUCAGAUUUCUGCCUUGUGACAUAUAGCCUUGAGGUUGCUGCGAUACUUUUUGCAUUUGGCUGGAGACUUUUCUUGAGUGAUGGGAUGAUGAUCCUCGACAUCGUCAUAGUCGGUUGUGGCUGGACAGAAAAAAUCAUUGCUUCUUUCGCCGACGGAGCCCUCGGUUUCCGCACCGCAGUGUUGCGAGCCCUGCGCCUGGUGAGGAUUUUUAGGCUCAUGCGCUUGUUGAAGCGGAUCCGACCCCUGCGAGAGUUGCAUAAGCUUGUCAUGAUGAUGGCCACGUGCUUCAGGGCAUUGCUGUGGUCUUUCCUGCUGUGCUUCGUUGUGAUGACGGUUUGGGCUAUGCUUAUGGUGGAAGUUGUCAAUCCGCAUGUGAGGGAGAUGCACCAAGAUCAAGGAUUCUUCGGCGACUGUCAUCCUCAAUGCACACGGGCAGUCUCUUCCGUGAUGUAUGCAAACUUGUUGCUCUUCAAGACCGUCAUUGCAGGAGAUAGCUGGGGCGAGAUUGCUGUGCCAGUGAUCCAGGAACACCCAGCAACUGGAGUGAUUUUCAUCGGCUCUUCGCUGACACUCGUUUUCGGAGUCUUGAACCUCAUUGUUGCCGUGGUGGUCGACACCUUCGCGGAUGCACGGCUCAACGACGUCCAAAAUCUGGCCGAGGAGAUGGAAGAUGAGAUAGAGCAUGACCGAAAGGCCUUGGGGAAGCUUUUUACAAGAAUCGACAAGGACGGGAGUGGACAGUUAACCUUGCAGGAACUAAUAGAAGGAGCUCGCCACGAUGCGGGGUUUCAAAGUCGGCUGCGGGUCAUGGACAUCGAUGAGCAAGACUUGGAGCAGCUCUUCCACAUGAUUGACAUGGAUCAGAGCGGCACCAUUGAGGUGGCAGAGUUUAUUGGGCCACUGAGCCGAUGGGCGCAUGAUUCCAAGACAGCUCCACGCUUCAUUAAGUACAACAUGAUCCAGACGAUGCAUCUCCAAGAGGAGUUGUACGAUCUCUCCGUGGAGUGCUUUCAGCAGAUGGCUGCGCGGAUUGAGGAUUUGACGUCUCAGGUUCAUGGGAUGAGGCACGGCCUCAUCGCUGGAGCCCAUGCGCCAGGUUCGCCAGACGAGCCGAGAAGCGACGAUGGCAGCGGAGCAGUUUCCAGGUCGUCCUCGGCACCUUCCCAAGCUGCCACGGAGGAUCUGCACGAGUGCCGAGCUGAUUCUUUAUCGGGGUCCCACAGCCUGGCGAGACCAGUGUCACAAGGCAAGCUGGAAACGCCGAAGGAGUUCCCAAGUGUUGAAGUCCAUCAGCCGCCCUCCUCGCAUCAUGCGGAGUUCCUCGAGCCAGCAUCUGCAGAGAAGCAUGUGCAGCAAAGGAACACCGUCCUCGAGGCAAUGCUCGAGUCGUCCGUUUCCAGGCUUGAGGCCAAGUUGGACUUGUUGCUGGCUGAAAGCCGUGCCACCAGGCCCAAUCCGGGAGUUGGAAGUGAGGAACUGGGCGUGUUUAAACCCCGCCGGAAGCAGAAGGGCGGCAAGAAGAUGCUGCACCCCGAGGCAUUCCGAAGCAUGUACAUGAACAUCAAUCGCCAGAUUUCCAUGAUGGAGCUUCCAGGGUCAGCCCCAGAGUCACCGGUUGAGGGCGGCUUCGCAAGGAGGAAGAGCCUCAGAGCAGCCGUAGGGGACGAUGGCGGGCUUUUCGCAUUCGCUCGACACCUGAGUCCAUUUGCAUCGGAAGCUCCCAGUGCUGAGAAUCCGCAGGUUUCACCCAAAAACCAAUCCCCUGCCGACGCUUAG